AUGACAAACUCCUUGGGGUAUUGUUCCCAUAGACUAACAGCUCCCGGAACUCAAUCAGAAACCCGCCACUCGGCAAGGACAGCCCCUUUUCUCCGCUGUGUGAAACUGCAUGUAUAA